GCAGAACAAAGCGUGGAAACUGGCUACAUAAAAAAAAAGUGACAAACAAAAUUUGAUUAUACUUUCAAAACGCAUCUUUUGAGGGCUACAAAACCCGCCACGCCAUUAGGAAAAAACUGCUUGCGCGUAUUCGCCGCCAUCCUCUGAGGAACAACACGAACGGAAAACCAACGCCGAAACUUGUUUUUUAAAAUGUCAUACAACAAGAAUUAUGGAGGACAGUUCAUGGGGCUUCGUCCAACGGGAGAUAAAAACCAGAACAAGAUGACAGAUGCGGCGGGAAUAAACUUACCGGAGGUGGAGAAUGGAGAGAUAUAUUUCUUCUGUACGGCGAUAUUCGACAACGAUGAUGUGAAGACAUCCAUGUCGAAGUCCAACUACAACUCUUCCUUCGUCCGAGGGCAGUACAUCCUGGAGGCCUACUCACUUGAGUUCAACGAGGAGAUUGUCUUAAAAAUCCCCGAGGAGGCCAACUUCGCACGAGUCUACGUGUCCUACCUGACCGUCACAGAUGAAAACGGAACAAGAAAUAUAAAACUGGAAGGAAUAGGAUACACGGACCCGUUUAAGCUGACUGAAUGCCAUGUUUACCCAUACGCGAGAUGCAAGCUAAACACGGCAGUUGGUGCGGAUGAGACGAAAGGUAGGCCCUUAAAGAGGUCCCGCGGGUCGGCGGCCUACGGUGGAUGA